UCGGACCGCCCAAGCCGUAACAUGACUAGAACUUGGUUAGAGAGGCUUCUUCGAGGAGGGAGGCUCGCGAGGAGCAAAAAGGUGGCGUUCUGUUCCCAGCAGCGCGUUCCAGUCUUAUCUUUGACUUGUUCCCUGGUGUACUCUGACCCUUUUGCAGCUUGCUUCAAAUUUUACAAGGUGAAAUAAAACAUGGCCAAAGUUGAGAAGUUUGCUUUACACGUACCUACUUUGGAAGAACUUGUCGGGGUUUUACAGAAUGGACUGAAAGAAAACUUUGCAGAUGUCCAGGUUUCUGUGGUGGACUGCCCUGAUCUGACUCAAGAACCUUUUAAAUUUCCUGUUAAAGGAAUUUGCGGAAAUCCUCGAAUUGCAGAUGUGGGUGGUGUUCCAAACCUUCUGCCACUUGUUCAGAAAGAUAAGGUUUAUGACAUGAAUAGAGUUGCAAAGGAAAUGCAGCUACCGGGAGCAUUUUUACUUGGAGCUGGAGCAGUUUCAUCCAGAGCAGUUGGCGGCAAUGCUGAGUUGAUCCCUAUUGUUCAAGCUCAAAGUGACAAAAACCCUGCCGUCAAUGGAAGUUACCUUGCAAGAAUCAACCCUAAAGAUGGAGGGUGUCUCCUGGAGAAAUACAGCUCCAAAUACAAAGACUGCGAAUUUGGACUUCUAGCCAACUUAUAUGCCAGUGAAGGUCUUCCUGGUGAGGUGAUCAAAGUGAAAGCAAAUAGAAGAACCGGGGAGCAAAACUUCAUAUCGUGCAUCAGAAAAACCUUAGAGAAAUGUUAUGGCGACAAACCAGUUGGGAUGGGAGGAACAUUUAUUAUCCAGAAGGGAAAAGCCAAAUUUCACAUUAUGCCUUCUGAGUUCUCUGAAUGUCCUUUGAAAACAGAUGCGGAGGUGAACAACUGGCUCAAGUUUUUUGAAAUGAAGGCUCCGCUGAUUUGCCAGCCAGUAUUAGUUUCUACUGAUCCAGGGGUUGGCCUGCGCCUGGUGCACACUCACGGCUUCAGUCACCACGGAGAAGGUGGACACUACCACGAGGACACAACUCCAGAGACUGUUGAGUAUCUAGGGUAUUUCGUCCCGGCUGAGUUUCUCUUCCGAAUUGACCGACCCAGACAUACAGGCCGGGAUUAACCUGGAUACAAGAUCUAACAGGAAGCAACUGUUAUUGAAGAACAGAAGGUCAAAACGAAACACUGAAAUCUGCCUUUCGCUGAAGCCAGUGACAUCGAAUCAUCACAGAAAAAUAGCACUUACUUUACUUAAACUUCACAAAGAGACACAUUAAUUAAAAAUAAAAUGAAAUUUAAAUCUGAUGGCAAAAGGACACUAGGAGUCAAAUUAUUACAUAUCUCCAAAUUUGGGGGUCUUAGCUCUCUUCUUUAUCCCAUUGCCAAUUACUUUUCUAUGUUUUUCUAUAAAAGUGGAACUAAGUCAGAUUAAACUCAAUUGCUCUCA